AUGGAGCAGACCGAUACGAGCGAAGACGAAUCGGACCUGCCGACUCCGAACUUCGGCAGGAAAAAUCGUUACAGUCGUAACAGUCCAGAUUUUGCCACGGGCGCUACACACGUGCCAGUUACACCCUCGUCCAUUACGAGUUCCGUGAUAUUCGGACAAAUCCCCGAAGAGGUGCUGCGCGUAUGGAGUCAACUACCGGAGGCGGUUCGCCUGGAUCCCAGCCUGGCGCUUUUCCAGCGGGAAUACGACCGGGUCAAUCAGAUGACGGGAUCGUCGGAUAACGCAAAGCAAGACUACCUGGUUGUGAACAUGUCCCUCGGUAGGCAACCCGCGGUGUCAAUCAGAGUCCCGAACAUCCGCAACUUCAACGAAGGAAGCAACGGACAAGAUAGCCAAGCGUCCCAGGACAUCAGACAAAAGACGUUCCGCCGUUACACGAAACUGACCGUGUUGUUCUGUUGUUGGCUGAUAUUCACGAUAGCACUGAUGUUCAAGAGCGAGAAGAUCGAGACGAUGCAUCAGAUCUCGAUCCCGAACGGAGAAAACAUGAAUUACGAAGUUCACGAGCAUGUCACAGGAUGCAAACGGAUUAAGGUGACGGUGCAAGGCUCGUUGUUGCCCUUAAUGAUAAAUAAACAGAAUCUAACUACACCUUACUUGAUAAUAUGGCUGAAGUUUUUAAUACGAGAAGACACUUACGGACGGCCCUUCGAUAAUGAAUCACAAAAGUUGGAGAAUAUAAGCGACGUGUGGGUCUUGAGCAUACCGCCCGAACAUUUGAUGGAUUACUUCCUCGAUCAAAGACACGAGAAGAUUUUCGAGUUGAACGAGGUCGACGACGAGACGUUGUCGCGCGGUGUGAUGUCCAUCAACUUCCGUACGAACUUGGACUCUACUUUUCCGGUUUACAUCAAUUACGACUUGUCCUCGGUGAACAGCAACGUCGGUAUUAUAUGCGCCGCUUUGGUCUUGAUCGGCUUGUACAUCUUGAUCAUCUUCGAGAUUGUACACAGGACUCUGGCAGCCAUGUUAGCGUCCACGAUGUCCGUCGGGAUAUUGGCAGCUUUGAACGAGCGACCGACCAUGGCCCAGUUGGUCUCUUGGAUAGACAUAGACACACUGCUGCUGCUGUUUUCCAUGAUGAUACUCGUCGGCAUCAUCGCCGAGACCGGCAUAUUCGAUUGGAUGUCGGUCUACGCUUAUAAGAUAUCCGGCGGCAAGAUGUGGCCGUUGAUCAACACCCUGUGCUUCUUCACCGCGUUCGUCUCGUCCUUCUUGGAUAACGUAACGACAGUGUUGCUGAUGACUCCGGUGACCAUCAGGCUGUGCGAGGUGAUGGAGCUGAAUCCGGUUCCGAUCUUGACCGCCAUGGUGGUGUACUCCAACAUCGGGGGCGCGAUGACGCCGAUCGGCGACCCGCCGAACGUCAUCAUCUCUUCCAAUCGGGACGUUGUAGAAGCUGGAAUCAAUUUCGGCACGUUCUUGUUGCACAUGAGUAUCGGAGUGAUACUGGUGCUGAUCGUAAUCACUGUACAAUUCCGCUUCAUCUAUCGCGAUGUGACGGUCCUGAGGUUCGACGUGCCGCAGGAUGUGCAGGAGCUGAGACACGAGAUCGCCAUCUGGCAACGAGCGGCGGCCAGUUUGUCCAGUUACAGCAAGGACGAGAACGUUGUGAGGGAAACGUUGUUGAAGAAAGCCCAACGAUUGCUGUCGCGGCUCAAGUCGAAGGCGAUGACGGGCAGCGCGGCGUUUAGGAACUACAGGACCACGCUCGACGAACUGCAGGAGAAGUAUCCUAUCAGGGACAAGUGGCUAUUAGUGAAAUCGGGCUUCGUGUUGUUCUUCGAGAUGACGCUCUUCUUCCUGCACAGCGUGCCCAACUUGAACCUGUCUCUAGGCUGGACCGCCCUCAUCGGCAUCCUGUUGCUUCUGAUACUAGCCGACAGCGAGGAUCUGGACGGUCUCAUGGCGCGUGUCGAGUGGAGCACCCUGGUAUUCUUCGCGUCGCUGUUUAUUCUUAUGGAGUGUCUCUCGCGCUUGGGCUUCAUCGGUUGGAUCGGCAAGCAGACGGAGACGAUCAUCCUGUCGGUCAACGAGGAGUUUCGAUUAGCGGUCGCCAUACUGCUGUUGCUCUGGGUGUCGGCGUUGGCGAGUGCCUUCGUCGACAACGUGCCGCUCACCACCGUGAUGGUGAGGAUCGCCACGAAUCUGGCGCAGAACAACGAGCUCAAACUCCCGUUGCAGCCUCUGGUGUGGUCCUUAGCGCUGGGCGCUUGCAUGGGAGGAAAUGGAACUUUGAUCGGAGCUACCGCCAAUGUGGUUUGCGUGGGCGUCGCGGAGCAACACGGCUACAAAUUCAAUUUCAUGCAGUUCUUCAGGGUAGGAUUCCCUAUCAUGAUAACGAGCACCAUGACGAUAACGAUAUAUCUGAUGGUUGCCCAUGUUAUAAUCGGCUGGAACGGAACGUAGUGUACCAGGUGGCCGAAAAAGUGUCAACGCGAGAUGAUACUUUCUAAAAGCGCACAAGGAACGUACAUCAUUAUACAAUGCAUCGAAUUGCGCAAGAACGCGCUCACACAUCAUACAUAAUCAGACGGUCAUUGCGUAACAUCGCUCGCUUCUCGAGAUAAUCGUGCCGCAAGUGUUUUGGUGGGGAGAAUUGUAUAUGUGCAUACGCGAUCCGAGUAUUUAUUAUGCGUCAAACAUGCGUAUAAUUUUAACAUACACUUUCUUAUGUUUCAGCAAGUAUUCGUGUAAAAUGUGUAAAAAAAGAAAGAAAAGAGAAAUCGAAACAGCUCCUAGGCAUAAACGUUAUACCGUGGAAAAUCAAUCGUAAUCACGUACGAUAUAUAUAUAUAUAUAUAUAUAUAUCGAGUCCCAUAUGCAAUAAAUUGUUCCUUCGAAGUUUGCUAAAAGUCGUUCUUCCCUUCGCGUUGCUCGCUUUCGAUUUCGUGAAAUAAUUACUUGGCAGACCUUCAUUGCAAAAAGGUUUUAAUGAUCACAUAAAAUACAUGUACACGCUAGACGCAAUUCGUUGAAAUAUACUUUUAUUAAAAAACGGGGGCUCUCUCUCCGGGUGAAGAGGGAAACGAUUUCAAUUCCAAAGGUCGCCAGACGCGCGGCGUUACGUAUCGGAUCGUUUAAAAAACCAGAUAACUUAUCGCGAGUCUACGCUACUUAAAUCCCCGUAAUUACGUUCAGCUUAACGCUUAGUCGUGUGUUACUGAAAAACUCAACAUUGAAGUGUGUGUGUGUGUGUCUCUUACUUUAAUAUCUCUUAUAAAAUCGGUAUUCUUGUAAUUAAGACAAUAAGCUAUUUGUGCGUGUGAUUCGCCGCUGAAACAUAAGUUAUUGCAAUGAAAAUAAUUAAAAUCACUGCUAAGCAGACACAAGUGUGAGCGUUCGUUGAUCUCGUUUGUCGUGUCAAACCAAACGUUCCCUCAAAAUUGUCCACAUACGAAGAAAACGAGUUUCUUGUGAGCAGAUAAAAAAAAAAAGAAGGAAAGAUAUAUGACGAUUGCUGCGGAAAUUGUCGUAUUUACAAUGAAUACAACGUACUAAAUAUAUAACGUCAAGAACAAUGCGUUAUUGCUUGUCCGUAAUCCUGUUACAACUAAGUACAGUUCCGAUAGUGUUAACCGUUUCCCUUCCGCUCACGUGCAUAUCGCGGAGUUUCGUUUUCAAAGAUGCGUGAACAGGAACAGUAUGUGUGUGUGUGUGUGUGUGUGUGUUGACGAAAUUCUGAGAAAGUAAUCUACUUGAAAUUUACUCGCGAAGACUGGCUGACACAUGAAAUAAAAAAAAAACUGGGUAGUUGUUUCGGACAAAAAUCGAUUCGAAGGAGAAGGUUACUGGAACGUCUGUCAAUGCUGACAAUGUUUCUAAAACGACCACGUCGGGUGGAAAGUCCCACGGGUUUAACGGAGGAAACGAUCGAAGUGAAACUUAUCUUAAAUAUGACUGGUCUCAGUUUUACUACACAGUUACGCUAUAGAUUAUAUUUGAAUGAUUCUGAUUUUUUUUUGCGAUUAUACAAUGUUUUGGUAAAAGCAUACGUUUAUGCUUGACUGGGAUACGGGACCGUACGUAAAACGAGAACCUGUAUAUCUGCGUCGUAAUCGAGCGAACUCUCGAGUGUGUGGGGGGAGGGGNGGGGGGG